CGACAAUCGUACAGUUAAUCUCUGCUUGUGAAUAUUUUGUCCUCAACUAAUACAGAUAACGUAUAUUACACAUCAUUUUAAGACCAUUUUGUUUUUAAACACACAUACCUGGAUAUUUGUUGUCAAAAUUAAAUUAUUAAUUACAGUCAGGCAGUAAAAUGGUAGAAGAGGUGCGUUUCGACGGACCGUUCGAGAUGACGGACGUAAUGAAGGACCAGUACGAGCGGGACGGAUUUCUGGUCGUCAAAAACUUCUUCGACCAGGAAGAGAUUGACAACCUGUGGAAAAUUUUCGAAGGUCCAGCUGGUAUAUUGAACCAUUCAUAUGAAACCAUUGAACCCGGUGGAAAGAAAAUUCUACGAGUCAUGUACAAACAUCCUGGUAACGAUGUAAGCGGGGUCAUAUCACGAUCAGAGAAAGUCGUCGAAGCAUGUGAAAAGCUGUUGGGUGGAGAGAUUUAUCACUACCACGGAAAGUUCAUCUUGAAGAACCCACACGAGGCGGGAGAACAUGUGUGGCAUCAAGACUACGGGUACUGGUACAAACACAAUUUGUUUCCUGACAUGAUAACUGUCUGGGUAUCCAUGGACAAGGCCACCCGAGAAAAUAGUUGCUUGCAGCUCCUGAAAGGUUCCCACAAGUGCGGGCGUAUUGAUCACAGCCCCGGAGGUGCCACCCUGCAGACCACCGCCGACCUUGACCGAAUAGAGGCACUGAAGCCACUGUGCCCACUGGUGUACGCCGAGAUGGAACGAGGCGACGUCAUAUUCCUGCACUGCAACACGCUGCACAAGAGCAGUCCCAACGAGAGCGACAAGCGCCGCUGGGCGUUCAUCGCCUGCUACAACAAAGCCUCUAACGACUCCUUCAUCCCUCACCACCACGCCAACUAUGUGCCAAUCGACAAGGUACCCGAUUCCGCUAUAAAGGAAUGUCGAAACUACACAGAUUUCAGCGGUAAAGAGUUCACAGACCCAUUGAAGAAAGCCGAGGACCGGAAGCACUUCCCCUCUGCAGAAAUCAAAGGUUAACCUAUGGAGAUUGCUUCAUCCGGUUAAAGUGAACUGAAUUGCUCACUGAUAUACGAAACACUAACUACUUAUAUCUGCAUAUUCUCUAAGCAUAGACGAAUUUACAAAACAAUGAUGUAUUUGUUAUAUGACUUUGCAUAUUGUAUUACAUAUUAUUUUUAACAGGCCAAAGGUGCAGUAUGUGUGGCUUGACGUUACUAAAAAUAAUGUCAUUUUCUUACGCUUAGCUACAAGUCUAGCAUCUUAAACACAUCAUGAAAAGAAAAAUUAUGACCUUGGUAUAAGUUCUUCAGAAGAUAUAGCUCAUCAGCUCCACUAUCGGACAAGGAUUCCAGCGACUUUUUCAACAGAUUUUUAAGAUCAGUUUUAAACAUCUCAUUUCACAACUAUGUAAUCUAUCAAUUGAAAAAAAAAGAUUUUUUACAUCACAUGUAAACUGGAAAACAUAAAAUGUAAAAUCCGCGUAUUUUCUGAUGUAUGAUGUAUGCCUGUACCUGUCUAAUGGUAUUCGUUUUACUAUAAAAGAAUUGUCUCUAGCCGCAUCCUGAACUUGUGUUGACACCUUUAUUAAUUGAUGCACUUAUUUGUAAAUUUGUAAACGGGCUAUACCUAUUGCCUUUCCAUUUGAAAUGAAAUACGCAGUCAAAACAAAUACCGAUUAUAGUAAAUAAUUAUUUAGCAAUAUAAUAUUUUACAUGUACCAUGUGAGAAUUGUAUUUGUAACAAUAGUAUACUAGUAUGCGAUUACAAUAAACAAUGACAUGUAUAACUAAGAUCAAAACAAAGCCUAAAAUAUUUACACAUAUUUUAUUAAUACUCAAAUAAUAAAUAAAUUAACAGAUAAUAAUAAAAGAAUAAAGACUU